CUCAGUGGCUCGGGUCUUGCUUCAUCAUCAGCACACAAAGGCCUCAACUAGCAACAUGAAGCUGGGCGGCCUCUUCCUCCUGGCCAGUCUCCUCACCCUCAACACAAGGCUCCACGCAAUUGGUGUCUGUGUGGAGCAGUGCAGAGGAGACCGGGACUGUGCGGCAGGAGAGAAGUGCGUCAGCAAGGGCUGUGGCCAUGUGUGCUCACCAGCCCCGCAAGCAAGCAUCUGUGUGAAUGAGUGCAGAGACGACAGGGACUGCGGAGUAGCAAAAGAGUGCUUCCAAGAUGGCUGCCGGCGCGUCUGCCUGCCUAUGGUCAUAGCAGUUGGUUCCAUCACCCCAACGGACUGCUGCUUCUCCUUCGUCUCCCGGCAGAUCCCGCGCAAAUUAGUGGACAGCUAUUAUGAGACCAGCAGCCAGUGCUCCCAGCCCGGCGUCAUCUUCAAGACCAAAAGAGGCCGGCAGGUCUGUGCCGACCCCAGUGAGGACUGGGUCCAGGAAUACAUUACCGACCUGGAGCUGAAUCCCUGAGUGGCCUGGGAGCUGCAGGGAAGAUGUUCCCUCUAUGGACAGUUGGGGAAGGAGGGCGAUGACCCUGGGGCUCCAAAAGGCACCUCUUCUGUGGGUCACACCCCAUCCCCAGCCACUCACUGGGGCCCUCCUUCACUUUAAUGUCUCCUAUUUAACCUUUGUCAUUUAUUUCCACCAUGGAAGUGUGUGAUGUCAUGAAUACCUGCUCUGACCCCCCCCCCCCCCCGCCCCCCGUCACCCUCUUCCCCACGCAUCCCUCGCCUUCCUCCAUAACUGUCCUUACUCUCAGUACAUGGAUCAGUCAGUGUGAUUGGUCCUCUCCUGGCAGCCAAACAACAAAUGCUGGUCGAGUGGUUUUGCCCAGGACCGUGAUUCAAAAUGUUGAAGGCUCUUCUAUAAAAGGUAAACCAGC